AUCAGUGUAGCGGUCCGUAUUAUAAGUCUAACGAUAAAUACUUACUCCUACUACAUAAUUUACACGAUAAAAACUCAAGAACUGUCAACAUUGGUUGGUGAUAAGAAUCAUAUUAGAAUUUAGAACUAUAAACCUAAAGUUGCCACUUCUCCAAUGACUUAAAAAUAAUUUAAAACAAAAUACAUACUUGCUACGGGAGAAGUUCUUAGGAUAAAGAGUACGUCAAACUUCUUACGGAAUAUAUAUAUAUAUAUAUACAUUUAUAUUCCCCCCAUAAAUAGCUGAAUGUAAUCAUUUGAUUAUAGUGAUUACUGUAUAUUGUUUUAUACUAUAUAUUAAAAUAUCCACUCACCAUGCCACGGACCUAUAAACCUAUUGGGAAAAAAAUAUAUAAAAAAUAUGAUCAAGAAUUGAUAGAAGAAGCACUUCAAGAGUAUAACAAAACACAUCAGUCUUUAGCAGAAAUAGCCACUAAAUAUCAAAUCACAAAGUCAGUUUUACAUCGGCAUAAAACAUUUAUAAUGAAAAAACAAGGAGGACAAACUGCAUUAAAACCAGAAGAGGAGAAUUAUUUAAUUAAAUAUAUAAAUCUGUGUUCCGAAUGGGGAUAUCCCUUAGAAACAAUUGAUAUUAGAUUUUUAAUAAAGGGAUACUUAGACGGGUUAGGACGAAACAUAAAUAAAUUUAAUGAUAAUAUGCCAGGCCCCGACUACAUAAAUGCUUUUCUCAAAAGGCACACAGAUAAAAUAACCAUAAGACUAAGUCAGAAUUUAAAGAGAUUACGGGCAACUGUUUCCUCGGAGAUUAUUGAAGACUAUAUUGAAGAGUUAGACAGAUCAUUACGGGGAGUUUCACAGAAAAAUAUAGUUGUCUAUGAUGAAACUAACUUAAUGGAUGAUCCAGCUCGAAAAGAAGCAUUAAUAAAGAGAUGUGUAAAAUACCCAGAAAGGAUAAUGAAUCAUACAAAAGGAUCCACCUCUAUAAUGUUUGCUGCUGCUGCAGAUGGGUCUUUAUUACCUCCAUAUGUAGUGUAUAAAGCACAAAAUGUUUAUGAUACCUGGAUGCUAAAUGGACCUAAAGGAUGUUGUUAUAAUUGCACAACCUCCGGCUGGUUUAAUACAAUAACUUUCAAAGACUGGAUGACAUCAAUUAUAUUUCCAUAUUUUAAGGAUAAAAUUGGGACAAAAAUCUUAAUAGGUGACUAUCUCUCAUCUCAUUUGUCCAUAGAUUUAAUAAGAGAAUGUAAUAAAUAUGAUAUUCGAUUUGUUUUCAUUCCUCCAAACUCAACUCAUCUGACCCAGCCACUGGAUGUUGCCGUUUUCAGUGACUUGAAAAGCAAAUGGAGGAAGAUACUUUGUAAAUGGAGAGAAACAAACGGCAGAACACAAACCACUAUACCUAAAAUAUUUUUUCCAUCAAUGUUAAGAAAUCUUUUAAGCAAAAUAGAGAACAAUAUCACUGAAAACAUUUUGGAGGGAUUUGAAAAAUGUGGUAUAAAUCCCAUUAAUAAAAACAAAGUUUUAGAAAGAUUGUUAUCUCAUAACAUUACCGAAAAUCAAUGCUUGAAAGGUGUGAAUAAAUACAAGAAGAAUGUAGAAAAUAUUAUGAUGUCUGAAGAUUCUGAUGAAACAAAUAUGGAAGAUACAAGUGGUGAUGAAGACAGUGCUAAAGAAAUAUAUAUUAUAAUAAAAGAUUGAUGACUGCCUCGUUGGUCUAGAUGUCAGGCCGCAGACCCGGAGGUCCUGAGUUCAAUUCCCAGGUCGGGCCAAUAAAAAGUCUUUGGGUUUUUCUGUCAGAAAAUUCUCAAUAGCAGCCCGGAGUCUGCAAGUUGGAAGUGUGUUCACUGCCGUGCCUCGGAAAGCACGUAAAAGCCGUUAGUCCUGCGCCUGAACUCUUUCCUGUCGUGUCGGAUUGCCGUCCCAUCGGAUUAUGAGAGUUAGGGAAUAGAGAGUGCACCUGUGUUUUCGCACACAAUGGUGCAAUAUAUUAUGUCCUGCGCAGUUGGCUGAUCCCUCUUAAUAUUGGAAGCCGGGGCCGGUCUGGAGGACAUCAUAAUAAAAGAUUAAAUACAGUAAAAUGUUACUACUGUUUUCUUUGUCUGGAAAUAUAUCUAUAUAUUUAAAUAUCUUUCCUAUAAAUACUUUGGCUUCUUUGUCUUAUUUGGCCAGACAAAGGAAACAGUAGAUUGAGGAAAUACGAAAAUAAUUAUUAAGAGAGAAAUUAAGAGUAGGAAGCCAAAGUAUUCAAAAGAAUUAUAUUACAAUAUGAAAUUAUCUCUAAGAUUAAACGAUUGAGUAGUAGAAAUAUUUUUUAUAAGCA